GGGUCUUGCUCUGGCUUCGGCGUAGUUAAGGACCGCUUAGGCGACAGCUCCCACCUCUCUGAGAAGACGCGAAGGUGGUUCUCUGCCACUCAAAUUUCGGGACCACCUUGCUGUCCCCUCCCCAACCUGGUCAGUGGUGUCCCCAGAUUCCUCAGCCUCCCCAACUUUCCUCUCAGACUCUCCCUAAACCUGUCACAGAAUCGAGUGUUCCGCCCUCUGGAGCUCGCUUCUCCCCUCUUCCUCAUUUUCUCUACCCUCUCUACGAGUGCUGUAGGGAUCACUCUCACAGGCGGCCUUUUGAGAAGUCUCUGGAGAAGUGGACCAGAGCCGGAGAGUUUUUAAAAGUCGGACUUCGGAAAGACAGGAAAGUACGAUGGCUUCCUCAUCUGGCAACGAUGAUGAUCUCACUAUCCCCAGAGCUGCUAUCAAUAAGAUGAUCAAAGAGACUCUUCCCAAUGUCCGGGUGGCCAACGAUGCCCGAGAGCUGGUGGUGAACUGCUGCACUGAAUUCAUUCACCUUAUAUCUUCUGAAGCCAAUGAGAUUUGCAACAAAUCGGAAAAGAAGACUAUCUCACCAGAGCACGUCAUACAAGCACUAGAAAGUUUGGGCUUUGGCUCUUACAUCAGCGAAGUAAAAGAAGUCUUACAAGAAUGCAAGACGGUAGCGUUAAAAAGAAGAAAGGCCAGUUCUCGUUUGGAAAACCUUGGCAUUCCUGAAGAAGAGUUAUUGAGACAGCAACAGGAAUUAUUUGCAAAAGCUAGACAGCAACAAGCAGAGUUGGCCCAACAGGAAUGGCUUCAAAUGCAGCAAGCUGCCCAACAAGCUCAGCUUGCUGCUGCCUCAGCCAGUGCAACUAAUCAGGCAGGAUCUUCUCAAGAUGAAGAAGAUGAUGAUGAUAUCUGAAAUUCACCAGCUGAGUUUCUGUUUUCUCUAUAAAUGUUUCUUCUUGCACAACAAAACAGUGAAAGAAAUGCUUAUGUGUAAUUUUGUAUGCAUCUUGGUGGACUUACCAUUGGUAUUCUAGGGAUGUCUGCUGUUAAGUUUCAUCUAUUGUGUGCUAUACAUGUAAAAACUGUCUCUUUGAACUAUUGAAAAUUUAAGAUUCAGUAUAAUACCAAUUUUGAAUUUUUAAUGGUGUUUAUGAAAUUUUAGAUAGCAGUGAGGUCUUUAUUUGAUCAGUAAACAGUGUUACAGAAAACUUCAAGUUUAUAAAAAUACAGUGAAAUUUAUACAAAAGCUCUUAAUCUGAAUUUAGAAUUCCUCUGUCCUUUUAACUAAACUAAAAUUGGGAAUUUUAAAUUUAGGUGUGGUGUGGUGUGAGGCAGAAUACAUUGGACCAGGUUGGUUAAAAAAAGUUCUGAAUUUUUUGUCUUUUAAAAAGAGUAUAUAUACAGGCAAUAAAUAUAUAUAUGCUCAGAUACAUAUACUUGUUUAGAGAAACUCAAAAUAAGACAUUGAAAAAUGAAAGUGUGUUCAGUAGUAGUUGUAUAAAUUUGAUGAGUUUUUUUUUAUGUUUUGUGUAGAGGUAGAAACUAGUUUUAUUACAACAUAAUUUAUCUUGAGCUAUGCUAUUACAUUUCAAAGACUGCCCAAUUUUGAGGACUGUCGUGAUUCUUACUAUUUCACUCCAGUUCAGUAAUUGUUAAUAGUACUACUUGCUUAGUCAGUCCAUGUUUAUAUUUUUCAAAUAUAUAGUUGGGACUUGUUGAACAGUUGCUUGGGUUCCAUUGGUUAAACUGAGGUUUAUAAAUAUUCAGACCUUUACUAGGGAAAAAGAAAGGUAAUGAGCAUGCUUGCUAUGAAACAAGCCCCCCCCUUUUAAAUUUAACUUGUAGCUGUAGUUUUCUUGUUUGCUUUUAGCAUUACAUUUACAUUUUCUUGACUAGAUGGCCUAGAGUCUACUGCUACCUUUAGAAAUGGCAUCAUUGUCUCUAUCAUAAUUGAAUGAUAGCUUUAAAAAAAAAGUUUGGUAGGGCUGAGGAUUUAGCUCAGUGGUUCUGCUGCCUACCUUGCAAGCCCAAGGUCCUGAGUUCGAUGCCCAGUACCCAAAAAAAAAAGUUUGGUUUUGUUUAAGAAAAUUGUGUCAUAACUUAUUACCCCUAUUUGAAACAAAUAGUUUCAACCUGCUUGUUAAAAUGGAGAAGCUUUAAUUUGGUUCCAAUAAAUAAAGUACAAUAGUGAUUGUUACAGGAAUCUAAUGUAUGGAGUAAUUGCAUAUUGUUUGUAUUUUGGGAGCAGGCAGCAAAAGCCAAUUAAGAUAAUAUGAAGUAAUUAAAUUCCUAUGUCAAUUGCCAAAUCAUUUAAAUUUCUAUAUUCACCAAGCCCCAAAAUAGAUCCUAGUUGCAAAGAUUUCAAUUUUAAUUGAAGAGUGAGCUAAAUAAGUAAAGUUUAUAAGUAUUAGGUUUGUUAAUGAUUAUAUUUUGCAGUUUUGAAAAAGGGAAAUAGUGUUACAUAUUUAUCAAAUGCACUUCACCCACAUAACAAGGUUAAUAAUUUUGAUGAAUGUUUUAAGUUGAAGUUACUUUAUGGAUAUUUUACCCAUGAAGUGUAUUUGGACAAAAUGGAAGGAAUUGUGUUUUAAAAGUUUAAGUACCAAAGGUAGUCUAGUCUAGAGAAAUAAUAAGUGUUGGCUUUACUAAUUUGUACUGUAACAUCCUUAUACUUCUAUUUUAUGUGUAUCUAUUUCUCAAGUAAAUAACUUAGGUAUUUUUCCAUACCUUUUUAUUUCUGAUGCAGAGUUCAGGUUAAUAUUUUGCUGCAUCUGAUAAUGUAUUAUAUGUUGGAAGCCUAGUGACUUUUCAUUUUGACA